CCCCUUCCCUCCUCCGGUUCCAGCCUUUGAGGCCGCGCGAGUGUGAGAGGCUAUGGAGUAAGCCGGCGGCAGUGGCCAGGCGCCGGGGCUGAGCAGGAGCAGCCAGGAGGCGUUUGGGGGGGCGGGGGAAAAGACCCCCAGCACCGCCCCUCCCGGGGGAGAAGGGGAAAAGGUAACUAUAACUACCCAGAAUUGCAGCCAUGGAGUCCAUGCUUAAUAAGUUGAAGAGUACUGUUACAAAAGUAACAGCUGAUGUCACUAGUGCUGUGAUGGGAAAUCCUGUCACUAGAGAAUUCGAUGUUGGUCGACACAUUGCCAGUGGUGGCAGUGGGCUAGCUUGGAAGAUUUUUAAUGGCACAAAAAAGUCAACAAAGCAGGAAGUAGCUGUUUUUGUCUUUGAUAAAAAGCUGAUUGACAAAUAUCAAAAAUUUGAAAAGGAUCAAAUCAUCGAUUCUCUAAAACGAGGAGUCCAACAGUUAACUCGACUACGACACCCUCGACUUCUUACUGUCCAGCAUCCUUUAGAAGAAUCCAGGAGCCAACUUGCUGGCUCAUAUGGUGACUCAAUAUUUAGCCGACUGAGGAUAAAGGAUUGCUUGGCAUUUUGUACGGAACCAGUUUUUGCCAGCUUAGCCAAUGUUCUGGGUAACUGGGAAAAUCUACCUUCCCCUGUAUCUCCAGACAUUAAGGAUUAUAAACUUUAUGAUGUAGAAACUAAAUAUGGUUUGCUUCAGGUUUCUGAAGGAUUGUCAUUUUUGCAUAGCAGUGUGAAAAUGGUUCAUGGAAAUGUUACACCUGAAAAUAUAAUUUUGAAUAAAAGUGGAGCCUGGAAAAUAAUGGGCUUUGAUUUUUGUGUAUCAUCGACCAAUCCUUCCGAACAAGAGCCUAAGUUUCCAUGUAAAGAAUGGGACCCAAAUUUACCAUCAUUGUGUCUUCCAAAUCCUGAAUAUUUGGCUCCUGAAUACAUACUUUCUGUGAGCUGUGAAACAGCCAGUGAUAUGUACUCUUUAGGAACUGUCAUGUAUGCUGUAUUUAAUAAAGGGAAAGCUAUAUUUGAAGUUAACAAGCAAGAUAUUUACAAGAGUUUCAGUAGACAGUUGGAUCAGUUGAGUCGUUUAGGAUCUAGUUCACUUACAAAUAUACCUGAGGAAGUCCGUGAGCAUGUAAAACUACUGUUAAACGUAACUCCAACUGUCAGACCAGAUGCAGAUCAAAUGACAAAGAUUCCCUUCUUUGAUGAUGUUGGUGCAGUAACACUGCAGUAUUUUGAUACCUUAUUCCAAAGAGAUAACCUUCAGAAAUCACAGUUUUUCAAAGGACUGCCAAAGGUUCUGCCAAAACUGCCCAAGCGUGUCAUUGUGCAGAGAAUUUUGCCAUGUUUGACUUCAGAAUUUGUAAACCCUGACAUGGUACCUUUUGUUUUGCCCAAUGUUCUACUCAUUGCUGAAGAAUGUACCAAAGAAGAAUAUGUCAAGUUAAUUCUACCUGAACUUGGCCCUGUUUUUAAACAGCAGGAGCCAAUCCAGAUUUUGUUAAUUUUCCUCCAAAAAAUGGAUUUGCUACUAACCAAAACUCCUCCUGAUGAGAUAAAGAACAGUGUCCUGCCAAUGGUUUACAGAGCCCUAGAGGCUCCUUCCAUUCAGAUCCAGGAACUCUGUCUAAACAUCAUUCCAACCUUUGCAAAUCUUAUAGACUACCCAUCCAUGAAAAAUGCCUUGAUACCAAGAAUUAAAAAUGCAUGUCUACAAACGGCUUCCCUUGCUGUACGUGUAAAUUCAUUAGUGUGCUUAGGAAAGAUUUUGGAAUACUUGGAUAAGUGGUUUGUACUUGAUGAUAUUCUGCCGUUCUUACAACAAAUUCCAUCCAAGGAACCUGCAGUCCUCAUGGGAAUUUUAGGUAUUUACAAAUGUACUUUUACUCAUAAGAAGUUGGGAAUCACCAAAGAGCAGUUGGCUGGAAAAGUAUUGCCUCAUCUGAUUCCCCUGAGUAUUGAAAACAAUCUUAAUCUCAAUCAGUUCAAUUCCUUCAUUUCCGUCAUAAAAGAGAUGCUUAAUAGAUUGGAGUCUGAACAUAAGACUAAACUGGAGCAACUUCAUAUAAUGCAAGAACAGCAGAAAUCUUUGGAUAUAGGAAAUCAAAUGAAUGCUUCUGAGGAGACAAAAGUUACAAAUGUUGGGUCUCAGCAUAUUGACAAAGUCUUUAACAACAUUGGAGCAGACCUUCUGACUGGUGGUGACUCAGAAAAUAAAGAGGAUGGGUUACAGAAUAAACAUAAAAGAGCAUCACUUACACUUGAAGAAAAACAAAAAUUGGCAAAAGAACAGGAGCAGGCACAGAAGUUGAAAAGCCAGCAACCUCUUAAACCCCAGGUGCACACACCUGUUGCUCCAGUCAAGCAGACUAAGGACCUGACAGACACAUUGAUGGAUAAUAUGUCAUCUUUGACCAGUCUUUCUGUUAGUACCCCUAAAAUUUCUUCUUCAAGUACCUUCACUUCUGUUCCUUCCACGGGCCUUGGUAUGAUGUUUUCUACACCAAUUGAUAAUACAAAGAGAAAUUUAACAAACGGCCUAAAUGCCAACAUGGGCUUUCAGACUUGCGGAUUCAGUGUGCCAGUUAAUACAAACCAGAACUUCUUCAGCAGUCCAGGCGCACCUGGAGUGGCCAAGGUGACACUGGGAACACCUUCCGCUUUGCCAAACUUCAGUGCUGUGAGUGUUCCUCCUGCUGGUACGAAGCUGACUCAGCAGAGACCCACAGAUAUGUCUGCUCUUAAUAAUCUCUUUGGCCCUCAGAAACCCAAAGUUAGCAUGAACCAGUUAUCACAACAGAAACCGAAUCAGUGGCUUAAUCAGUUUGUGCCUGCUCAAGGGUCUCCAGGUGUGGGCAGUUCGGUAAUGGGAGCACAGACGCGCAUGAUAGGACAGUCUGCCUUCGGUGUGCAGACUAAUCCUUUCUUUAACCCGCAGAACUUUGCACAGCCGCCACCUACUAUGACCAGUAGCAGUUCAGCUAGCAGUGACUUAAAAGAUCUUUUUGGGUGAGGUGUCAUGCUCCUGUUUUUGAAGGAUCACUUCAGUUUUAAUCAUGGGUAAGCUGAUUUACAUCUAUAUAAUUGGCUUGGAGGAAGUACUUCUGUGGGAAAGUAAAUGGUCUUGUCUGACAGAAAAAAACCUGUUGUCAUGCCAGCAUAGUAGUUGUAUGGACUCUUUAACAGUUGAGGUUUUUAAAGCCUUGAGGAUUUUUUUCCUCUUACCAACUCCUCUUCAGGUUUUUAAAAGACCCAACCCAUAUCAAUCUCAAUGAGAAAAAAAGACACCUGAGUAUCUUGAAUAGCAGAAUUUUUAAAUCAAAUGUUUAUUUUGGCUUGUAAAUCUUGGUGUUAUUUAAAAAAUUGAGUUGAUGGUAAUUGCAAGUUUCAUCUGUUAAAUACUACAUGGUACACAGUCUGCCUUCACAAGUCAUUAGUCUUCAUUUUUACUAUGUGAAAAAUCUUGAUGCUGUAUUGAUUUGUUUGCAUUUAGUGUGACUGAGUGAGAAAAUGAUAAGCCUAACGAAAAGGAUCGGGUCAUUUGCUUUUCCAAUCUUAUUACUUCUCAGAUGAACUAAUGUUUAGUGCAAAAGACUGAGCAAAUACUGCAGAAUUUAACUUAACCUUGAUUUCAUUGGUUCAAACUAAGGCAUUAUUAACUAUCAUAAAUGCAAACUAAUCAUUGUAAAUUAUAUUUUAGCAUGGUCUGCCUCAAAUAGUAAUGUUUUUUUCUGCAUUUACUUGGAUAUGUUUAGAAUCACUUUUUUUCCUACUGUAUCACAGACAGAAGAGGUAGGUACUGAUUUGUACAGAUAUUUGACAAAGCCCUCUGAUGUGCUUUCCCUGACUACUGCCUCCAUAUUUCAUUUUGAAUUCAAACUUCUGAGGUUGCAGCACAUAUGAAUUGCAUUUUCAAAAGGAGAUUUGUAAGAAUUAAACUAUAUUUAAUGAGUAUACUUUUGAGAUUUCUGCUGUAUUGUUUCAAAUGUAAUAAACUUUACUUCUCUAAAAAUGA